GUCUACUUCAUUUGACGUCAGGAGGAUAAGUGCUCACUUCGGGGGCAGUGCCACAGGACGUUUCCCAGAACAAUACCCCAAAGCCGGACCAAAUCCGGGUGUGCGACUCCCAUCCGAGCCGGACACCUGAACCCAGACUGGUUUAUGUGCGUCUGCGGUGCGUUUACGCUCCGUCCUCCGAGGCGUUCAGCCCCGGAUUCACCGGAUACGAGAGCCGUCACCAGGAGGAAGACUUCCGAUGUGAAGCCCGGCGGGGGAAAUCGCUUCAGACAGUCGGUAUUUACUCGGAAGCAUCGAUCGACAUGUAGCGGCUCAGUGUUUGGAUGAUUCAAAGGUAUGGGAGGUACUAAUAAGGCUGUAACGUCAAAUAGGCUGUGAGGCCGUCUGCCAUGAAGAAACAAGCAAAGAAGGUGUUGGAAGACGAGGAACCUUUGUGCUGCUGUGAAUAUGUGAACAGCCUCGGAGAGCGUAGCCAUGUAGCAGCCUGCUGCUGUGACUGUGAGGACCUGGAUGAUGUUUGUGACAGGUUUCUGAAGAGGGAGCCUCAGAAACCUGAAUCCUUGUCACAAGUGGCUGCAGUUGUGACAGAUCGGAUUCGUGUGCCUUGGCUGUGGGGUGGAGCUCAAAAAGUGGACCUGUCCAUCAUCCCUCCUCUUGUGCUCCUUCCUGUCCUGCUCCAUCUUGCUGCCCUUCACUUUCUGAUUGGUCUGGUGGUUCUCACAGCUCUUCCGGGCCUGGUGUUGUGGUACUACUAUUUCACGCAUCGCAAGAAAGGACGCACACUGUUCUUUCUCAGCCUGGCCCUUUUCUCUCUCAUGUACAUGUACUACUUAUUCAUCGUGGAGGUGGUUCCCUUCGGGGAUGUUGGAAUUGUCCAGGUAUCGUUGGUAACUGUUGGGGUGGUCCUAACCCUGGUAGCCCUCAUCAUCACCAAGAGAGAUCCUGGUAUUGUGGGGCCCAAUCAGGAGUCCAUCCAUAGCACAGUGACAUAUUAUAGUCCUCUGGAAGACCGAGACCCUGUCAUCAACGGGGGGAGGCAGGAGGUGGCCAUGACAGUCGCCAACCGGGCAGGACCAUCGGAGCAAACUGGGGUGGAGCUACAGGAAAGUAACCAACGGAACUGGUGUCCUGUGUGUAAGGUGGUGCGGCCUCCGAGGGCAGGACAUUGCCGGAUCUGUGGUGUCUGCGUGCUGCGUCUAGACCACCAUUGUGUCUGGAUAAACAGCUGCGUGGGGCAGGCCAAUCACCGCAGCUUCCUCCUUACACUCGUCCUCUUCCUGCUGACCUCCCUGUAUGGGAUCAGCUUGGUACUGCAGAAUGUGUGCCCGAGACAAAACCUCCUCACUGCCCUACUCUACUGCCCAGGGGUCUACAACCAGUACAGAACUGCUCUCUGCUUCACCUGUGCAUGGUACAGCAGUAUUGUGACUGGAGGGUUACUCCACCUGCUGCUUGUGCAGGUCAUCAACAUCAGCUACAAUGUGACCGAGCGUGAGGCUCGCAUGGCCCUGCGCGAGAAAACUGCUCGCAGCGCCUGCUGGGGACUUGUUGUGGACACGGGCGUCUAUUCCAGAGGAUUCCGUGUCAACUGGGCUGAGUUCAUGACCAUGGCAGACAAAGUGAAGCUCCAAUCUGCUACCCCAACAGACUUGGUGGAUGGUUUCGAGGAGCACAAUACAAGACAAUACGAUGACUCUGGUCAAUCUUGAUGAACACAUGGUUCUGAACAUCAGUUCAAGGAUGACAUCUGCUCACUACACCUCCUCUUUCUUCUGUAAACAGUCCUCUGAUGUGAUCAUAAAGGAGUAAACCUUGCUUGGCUCAAAGGUACAGCCUCAUGGAUAUGCGUCAUAGAUAUUUCCUUUAGGGCACAUGCCAAAUAAUUGUGCUAAUUAGUGUUUCACAGCAUAUCACUAUUAAUAGUUUGGACAGACUGGAAUAAUUCAAUACCUUCUUUACUAUUAAAAGCUGGUUUGAAAUGACUCUCAAAUUAGACACCUCUGUAAAAUCACAAAAGACUGAAAAAGCAAAUAAAUCGAUACACAUUAACGUCAGCUAGAAAAAUUAGACUCUGCUUUUCAGUGCUUUCCAUUCCAGCUGCUUUUAUUGGUCGUCAAAGAUGUUGAAAGCGUUUUCCUAUUCUUAUAAUUGUUGGGUCCAUUAAAGUCAUGUUAUAUAUUUUUAUUAAACAAAUGUGAAAAAUG